GGGGCGGCGUGGCCGGGGGGCGCCGGGCGGCAGCGCCGCAGCCCGCGAUGAGGCCGGGCGGCGCGGCGACUCGGCCGGGCGUGCGGGAGCUCCCCCCGCCCCGCUUCCCCGCCCCCGGGCGCGGCGGGCAGCGCCCGCGGGAGGAGGCGGCGCCGGGCGGCGGGAUGCAGUGCGGGGCCGGGCGGCGGCGGGCGGGCGCGGCGGCGGCGGCGAGGGGCAGAGCCCGGCGGGCGGCGGGGCGGCCCCGCUCCCCGUGAAGGAGGCGGCGCGGCAGGACAGCGGCCGCCGCCGCCAUGCAGCCGUUGCACCGGGCCCCGGCGCUGCUGCUUCUGGCCGCCGGGAUCUUGUGCCUCUGCCUUGCCUCCUCAGAGGAGCCGACCGCUGAUGGCCUCACUUCAACUUCCCUGCUGGAGUUUGCCGUGAUGUCCCAUCUGGAGGCCCUGAAUUCCCACGAGCAAACCAGCCCUGAAGCCCUGGAGGCUGAACUCACCCCUGGCUCUCUACACGCUGCCCCAGGAUCAGGCUUUGCCAGUGAGGAGAACGAGGAGUCCAAGAUCUUACAGCCCCCACAGUACUUCUGGGAAGAUGGGGGAGAGCUCAACGACUCCAGCUUGGACUUGGGACCAGCAACAGACUACAGCUUCCCUGUUGCCUCUCAGAAGGCCCUGCCCAAAGGGAAUGGGACGCAAGCGAAAGACACCUGGGAAACAGCCACCUUCCAGCCACCAGCAGAGCCAGCUGAGGUGGACUCACAUACACCUUUCUCUAGCACGCUGGAGGAAGAGGAGGGGCUGCUCCCUAUAGACCACUCGAAAGGAGGACCGGAGAUCCUCCAGACCUCCGGGCCGAAGCACACAUCAUCUGAACCAGUGGGCCAAGAGGAUUCCUUGUUCUCCGUCCUGUUUUCCACAGCCUCUGCGAGGCCAGGUGUUGUGACCAAGGCAGCUGCAGGAAUUCAAGAAGAGGACUCUGUUCCUCCAGGCUUAGACCUUGGGAGCAGCAUGGGGCCGGGCCUGCUGCCUCUGUCCUCUAUUUUUUCUACUACUGCUGCGAGGUCCGCUGGUGUUUCAGAAGAGCCCUUUGAGGUGACAGCUGGGGACACAUGGGCUGUUGAGGGAGCAGAUUUGGAGCCAACUGUGACCACCCCAAGAACAGAGCUUGCAGAACCUGCAGUGGAGGCUGGUGGGGAAGAACAUUUGGCCAAAGAGGAGUUCCCGGAGACCACAGUGGGGUGGGAGAUGCUGGAGCCCACAGUGCUAGCUGAAAUAGAGCAAACAGUGGAAAUGCCUGUGGGGACACCCUCUCCCAGCAGCAACUCCCCAGACACCCAGACUUUUUCUGGUGGCGACCAGCACCUCGGUUCCUCCACAGCUCCAUGGGACAGGUCUGAUGAGCCAGCCCUGGAUCUUGCCUGGAAUGACACAGAGUUGGCCACAGAGACCGUGGCAGCAGAGAGGAGCUUGUCACCGCAGGCUGGGGAUGCCCGCGUGGCUGUGCUGCCAACAGAAAUGCCCUGGAAUUCACCACAGGUAAUCUGCAAAGACUGGAGCAACCUUGCAGGGAAAAACUACAUCAUCCUGAAUAUGUCAGAUAACAUCGACUGUGAGGAAUUUCGGUUGGAGAGGGGUCCCCAGCUGCUGGCGUUGGUGGAGGAUGCCUUCUCCAGACAGACGGAUGGACUGCAGGACCGCUGGCUGAUCUCUCUGAGCAAACCCAAUGAGAACGACAAGCACUUGCUAAUGACACUGGCAGGGGAGCAGGGUGUCAUCCCUACAAAAGAUGUUCUUAUGGCACUGGGGGAUGUUAAGAGGAGCUUAGCUGAGAUCGGCAUCCAGAACUACUCAACCACCACAAGCUGCCAGUCACACCCCAACCAGACACGCAGCGAUUAUGGGAAGCUAUUUGUGGUACUGGUGAUCAUCGGCUCCAUCUGUGCCAUCAUCAUUGUUAUGGGGCUCAUAUACAACUGCUGGCAGAGACGCCUGCCCAAGAUGAAGAACAUGUCACAUGGCGAGGAGCUGCGCUUUGUUGAGAAUGGCUGCCAUGACAACCCCACCUUGGAUGUAGCCAGCGACAGCCAGUCGGAAAUGCAAGAGAAGAAGCCAAGCGUGAACGGUGGAAAUACCAUCAAUGGCCCCGACAGCUGGGAUGUCCUGAUCAAUAAGCAGGCGAGCGAGGAUGUGGAUGUGUUUGAGGAAGACACACAUCUUUAAAAAAGCAAAGAGAGAACCACCCCUUUAAAUACAUUUGUGUCUCUACCAUUUUGACUGAUGGACCAUGGGAUCAGGGUGGCUGCUCAGGAACUUCUUAAAGGCUUGGGACAGGUCAAGUCUUGGGCAUGUUUUCCUGCUGGAAGUCUUGAGCCCACAUGAGAGGCCUGGAGCCCAAAGGAUCACUGAAGAGGGAAGCGGGAGGGGUGGGUCUGUAGGUCUCUGUGUGUGUGUGUUCCUAUAAGUAGCACCAAUGCUUUCAUCACCUUUAAAUGCACUUACUAUAGCUCUCUGGUAGUGGCUGAGAGUGGCUGGGCUUGAGAAACAAGGCAGUGAGGCUGUAUGCCAUGAGGAAUCUGGCUUUGGGGAGUAAAUUCACUUUGGGAGUCCAGCUGGGGUUAUGGCAGCCAGACCCUGACCUUGCUGGCAUCUGGAUUUAUAGCUGUAGAGCUGAGAUCAUGAUCUGUCCCUGCAGGUGUGCUGAAACCUGUGUCCCAUUCUGGAUAUGGGGAGACAAGACUCAGCUGAUGUCCUGGGCAGAGUGUUUGUGUUCCACAUGUGCAGAGAGGUUUUCUAGUGCUCUAGCAUUAGCUGCCAACUGGAUGGGCUGAUGUUUACAUCUGAGGAAAACAUCCCCGUGUGAUCUCUUUUUUCCCUCUUACCCCCAACAGCUCCAACCCCUUUUCCAGUUCCACAGCUCCAAGUUGAGCUUGCAGAGUUUGAGCACUUUAACCUGUUUUGGUCUGCUUGGCUGACUGCAGAGUAUUUGGUGUCAUGAUGCAGCAUCUUAGCUGGAAAUCUGCUUUAGGCUGGAGAGUUGCUCAAAAAGGACUUUUACCUGCCUCUUUCACCUAACAGCCUGUGAAAUCAGCAGCAAAGCAUCCCUUGUCUACAUCUUAGUCUUAGAUUGGCAGGCCUUUCCCACUCCUGUUCCAUUUUCCAGGGUAGUUUCGUUUCAGUUAAUCUUUUGAGGUGAACCUACAGCCUAUGUGAGACUUCUAAACAGGAAAAAAGCAAAAAUUCAGAAACAGUUUUCUGGUCCUUGUUGUUUCCUUUUCAGGAACCUGCCUUAGGCGGAAGUAUUUAAUGUCACAUUGGUGUAAAUCAGGGGUAACAUCUUUAAAAUCGCUGCAUUUAAACAAGCGUAAAAGAUGGUUUAGGUGAGAUCAGAAUCAGAUCUAAGAGUUCCCCAGUGACUGUUUCUCAGCCAUGCCUCAGGCAAAUUUGAGGCUCCAGCUCCCUGAAGAUGUGUGAUAAAAGGCACGUGAAUAUGCAUAAUUGUUCUCUGAGCCCUGCCUAAACUGAGACUCAGAACUACUUUCGAGCCUGAAAUCCCAGAACAUUUGUUUCUUCUGUCACCGAGGGAUUGAGGGACUUGCUUAGGUCAAAGGCAAUAGUAUUCCCUUCCAUUUAUGAUUAGCUGCUCGCUUGCUUUCUGCAAGAUGCAGCUUUGUGUUUGGUCUUUAAGGGAAUCUUUGUACAGAAGGACCCCAGAUAUGUGGCCUGAUGCUUAGCUUGUAAAUCUAUCCCUGUAUAUACAGAUAUUUUUAGCAUGCUCAUCCCUGAUGUGAGUGCCUAAAGUCAAGAUACAAAAGUCUGUAGUUUCAUUUUGCAUAGCGCUUUGCAUACAGACUGAACCGCAGAUUACUUCGAUGUAGGACCAUGUUGAUAUCAGUCUAUUAUGGAUUUAAGAAAGGUGAUAGCCUUUGAUUUUCUAUCGAAAUUCCAACUUCGAGUGUUUCUGUGCUGCCUCCAUCCCUUUCCCUGUGUUAUAUAGGAGAUGGUGUCCCUCGGCUCCUUUUUUUAUCCUGUCAGUAGAGUUGCAGAGCUGCCCGGAGGAGCUCCCUCUCCUGCCCCAGCAGUUGACAGUGGGUGGCUGGUGUGGGGGGACGCUCCACGGACACGAGCAGCCACGUGCAGCCCUGCUCCGAAUGCCCUUCACUGGCAGCCGUCUGCCCAAUUCAGUCUGUGCGGUGAACCUGCACAAGUUCAGGAGCUGUGUUGAUGGUGCUUUGGGGCUCACAGGAUUAAAUGUAAGUUGUUGUUAUGACAUGGUGAGUGAUUUAAAGCAUGGAGUUAAAUUUUGAGUUUGUAUAGCACUUAGCAUAACAAGGCCUGGCAUGGCUGUGGCCUUUAGGCAGUUUCACCAUAUAAAUGUUUAUAAGUCCAAUAAUCCUCAUUAAAUACACUUUUAAUACUUGGUGGCUAGUAAAAAGAUAAAGCCACUAAUCAAUUGUGAAUUAGUUCACCCACAAAACACUUCCUUGGUGCACUUCAUUGCGAAGAACUGCUUUGCUGCCCUAUUUUCUCUCUACUUUACAAAUUCAGAGAAACAACAAGGUGCUGAUAAAGUAAUGCUUCUUGUGUCGCAGUUGGGUUCAGCACCUCCUGAUCUGGUCUGAAGUCUUCAAACUUUAAGUAGGCCAAGGUGACCAUCCAGGCUCCUUAAAAAGCAGUGCUGACUCUUGAAGCUGUCAACUAGCAAGCUCUCCUGGUGUGCUGCUCUGGCUUACUGGGGCCUGAUUGUAUCCCAGAGACUGUAGUGCUUGCUUCUGAAGCUGGAGUGCUCCAGGGUAUCUUGAGAGUGUCCAAGGGUGACUGUCACCAAGCUGAGAACAAUUUUCUGAUGUCUCAGACAUGGUACGCUUGGCUGUAUAAUCUCAGUUUAGCUCCAGAAAUCUACUGGUUAAGAGCAUUUCAUUUUAAUAUGGAGAUACUUUUUAUACCUUUUCCAUUUGUUCUUCUUUGUAUUAUUUUUUGCACUAGGCUGAUCUUGUUAAGUCAAUUGCACUGUUGUCCCUAUCCUGCAAACCUUGCGGACGGGUCACCUCUCGGUACCUGCGGGCUGGGAAGUGCUGCAGAGUCGGGCUGUCGUAGCCUGUUUCGCUCUGGUUCUGUUGUUCAGCGCUUGGGUUUCCAGCUCUGCACGGGGAGGCUUUAAAGAGAAGGAUAAACCGUAUAUUGUCAUUUGUAACAGGAAGCUUUUCUAUCACCUUAACGUAGUUGAACUUGUUUUUAACAAACACUGUCAAAGCCGGACUUCUCAGAGGGGUGUGCCAGGCAACAGAGCAGGCAGAAGACAGUAAUUCCUGGAAAACUGUUUCCCACCUCCUAGGACUUCACUGUAGUCCCAUCUGCUAGACGUGUGAUCACACUGACACCUGGUGACUGCUGGGAGUUAGAGACAACAAAUAAAAGAGGACUUUUUUCCUCCCUCUUAACUAUGGAUAUUUAUUUUCCUGUGACUUACCUAGCACAGCCGCCUGUUUUAUUCCCGCGGGGGGCUGCUGGAAGAAGCGCUUGUGAGCGGAGGGGCUUGCUCAAGGGACGGCUCGUGUGAGCACGUCCCCACCUGCAAAGCAACAAGAUCAGCUGUUCCCGGGAGUCACCAGUGCCGAGGCCUUGGGCAGCAAUAUGGGGCUGCAGCCGCGUCCCCCCCUUUCUCCUCCACUUUUCCCCUCUGGGAACAUGGCCAGAAACCAGAGGCAUCAGACUGGGAAUGAAGGUGGCUCUCCAGAGCGGAGCUCUGCGCCCCAGGGGCACCGGUGCUUGCCCAGAGGCACAGCCGUGGUCAGCAGGGUGGCUGUCCCCAGCAGGGACACACCUCUCCGCGAGGCGGCAGCAGAUGUGAGCUGGCCUGACCAGGCUGCGGUUGCCUGCAGAUGUUGCCCAGAUGUUUAGAACAAGAUCUGUAAUGUAGGGCAGUACCCAAAGCGCACUAGGACUCUGCAUCCUCCAGCCUGCUCCGUGGCCCACAGAAGGCAGCGGGACACCGAGGAGUGACCCGAGCUCUGCAGUGUGCAUGUCGGGGUGAGAACAUCGUUCAAGGUCCCACCUCGAGGAGCCCUCUGGGCAAAGGAUGCUGGGCUGGGCAGCAGCUUGUCCGCAUGCCCCAGUCGCGUGGGAGCAAGCGUCUCCUCGCAGGGGGGUCACAGCGCCUGGGGCUUCAGCAAGAGAGGCAGCACGGGCAUCCGCCCCCCCGAUUCACGCAGGCCUCAUGGGCUCGUCUCGGCUGCGAAUGAGGCUCCCAGCUCUCAGCUCAGCCUGGGUGCACGGGCUCGAUGCCACUGGCCCUACGGGACCUGGUGGCCAAUUUUGGGGACUGCUGCUGGAGAACGCUAGAAACGCUUGUGCCCGCCCUGGAAGCCGCGAGGCCGUGGUUUGGUUUUCUUUGCAAUAAAAAGCACCUCCCCGGUGCCUGAACGCUG